AAAUCAUCUGUAAAAAUGCAGGAAGCAGAUUUGAUGACGAAAGUAGUAUCAGGUCACCGCAACACAUCGUUUACUUGCAGAACAAAGUCUGCGCAAACCUGGUUUCAGAGAAAUUCUGCAACUGGUUUGUGACUGGUUUGGAGCGGACUUUGUAAUGCUGAGGUUUGACCUGCCCCAACUCGGUCAUUGUAUGCGAACAGCCUUUUUCUUUUACCCAAUCCUUUCGUAUGUCUUCAUCAAUUCAAGGUCAGCCUUCUGUCAACGGGCUGAAAAUCGUUGUGGCGGCAGAUGGCUCAGAUAUUGCCAAACAAGCCAUUGACUAUGCGGCCAACUUGUGUCAAAAGUUAUCUGUACCACAUCUGUUGCAAGUCCUUUACGUGACGGGCGUAAACCCGUGUAGCAUACCGUUUCUCGAUACACUGGAUAGAUUCAAUAACAGAGAUAUCGAACGUGACGCGCAAAACCACUUGGACGAUCUGAAAUUCUUCAUGUCCAAAUACGACGAUAUUGUGAACUACACUAUUCGCACAGAAAAGGAGCAACGGGCGGUGGAGUACAUUAUUACGGAUUAUGUGAAUGAGAAUCCACCAGAUAUGUUGGUGCUAGGAUCAUCGAACCGCGAAGGGAUUCAAAAGUAUGUUUUAGGAUCGGUCAGUGAUUACUGCCUCCAUCACUGUCAUUGUCCAGUCACCAUUAUCAAGCACAAUGUCCAAGGUUCACCAACCAAAUCCGAAUAAAAACCCAAAUUCGCAUUAAAAAAGCAAAAACAAAAUGGAAGAAGAGGAAAAGUCUCCAUGAAUGUGAAAGAAGGAAUGGGGUGACACAAGAUCAGUCCACGUUGACAUGUUUAUUGGCUUUCGUAUUCUCGGACAAAAUAGGCUUGCACGGCUUGUUUAGUCUCUUGCUUCAGAUGCGCCACAUCUUGCGCUGAAUACCUUUGGCUCAAUAAUUGCGUUACCUAGCACAAUCUGUGUUUAGUUAUCGUAUGAUU